CUUGUUUGUCACAGUAUGGCUGCUACUGGAAAGCCGAAUUGUUUACAUCGAUACGUACAUGUACUUGUCCUGCAACUUUUUCAGAGUUAACAGCUGGACAUACGUGAAGCGCUUUCACAGAAUGUGACAAAAAGUGUAUUGGUCAUCAUGACGGUAGACCCUAGGAUGCAAGAGGUUAAUGUCAGGGUGGCUGUACGGGUACGGCCAAUACUACCCAAGGAGAAGGUGACAGGUGCUUCAAGCUGUGUGCGGGUGAUUCAAGAGAAUAACCAGGUGGUAGUAGGCAGUGACCGAGCCUUCACCUUCAACAAUGUCCUCUUGCCAGACUGCACACAGGAAGAUGUUUACCAAACCUGUGUUGAACCUCUUGUGAAAAGCAUUUUUGAUGGGUACAAUUCAACAGUUUUUGCCUAUGGACAGACGGGUUCUGGCAAAACUUAUACAAUUGGUGGAGCUAAUAUUACCUCCAUAACUGAAGAGGAGUAUGGCAUCAUUCCUAGAGCAGUUAAACAGAUGUAUGACAUCAUGGCGCAAACCAAGGACAUGCAGUUCAAGGUAAAGGUGUCUUACGUAGAAAUCUACAUGGAAGAGUUGAGGGACCUGCUAAAUCUGGAGACAUCUCAUCGGGACAUGCAUGUCAGGGAGGAUGAGAAAGGAAACACAGUGAUAAUAGGUGCCCAUGAAGAGGAGUGUGAAUCUCUGGAUGAGGUCAUGUCCCUACUGGAUGCGGGGUCAGCUGCCAGAACGACAGGUGCCACUCAGAUGAACGAACACUCCAGCCGAUCUCAUGCUAUCUUCACUAUGGUCAUAGGUCAAGAUUUAAAAUUGGCUGUAGAUAAUAGAAGACAUCGUGAAAGUUCAGACAUUUGUGAAGAAAAGCAAUCCCGCAGUAGAGAUUAUAAAUCGGGCAAGUUCCAUUUUGUUGACUUGGCUGGCUCUGAAAGAGCACACAGGACAGGCAAUGUGGGAGACAGAUUUAAAGAAUCUGUUCAUAUCAACAGUGGCUUGUUGGCUUUGGGAAAUGUUAUAAGUGCACUUGGUGACCCCAAGAAGAAAAUGUCUCACAUUCCAUACAGACAGUCCAAGAUUACCCGUCUUUUAAAAGAUUCUCUGGGCGGUAAUGCCAAGACGCUUAUGAUCUGCUGUAUCAGUCCGGACAGUGCCAGUUUCGAGGAGACACUUAAUUCUCUCAAAUACUCCAACAGGGCUAAGAACAUCAAGAACAAACCAAUAGUUAACCGUGAUGAACAGUACAUCAGAGUGGAGGCCAUGCAGACUGAACUACUCGCUUUACGAGAGAGGCUGGCUCGGCAAAACACAAAUGAAUCCACCAGUGAAGGUUAUAACAUGGAGAAAGCACAGGAGGAUGCCAACCUAAUCAGCUCUCUGAAGGAUAAGGUGGCCAGGCUAGAGUCGGAAGGGGCUCACUACCGUAUGAUAGCCGAGGAGGCUUACAAACAGUUCAUAGUGCUACAGGAGAAGGACCAGCUGUCACGUAGUCAGGAGAUGCGGGUCAAAGAAUGGCUGGACUUGAUGGAAGAGAUCAGAAACAAAGUCACAUCUUCAUUAAACAAAGAGGAAUGGGAAAAUAAGAAAAUACAGGGACUCGAAAGAGAAUUGAGUGAGUGCAAAGCUUUCUUGAAAAAUGAUGAAGCUAUCUUUGCAGAGAAGUAUAGUGAAAUUACCAAACUGAAAGAGGAGAUCGCUGAACUGGUGAGGACAGUGGAGGAGAAAGAUGCAGCGCUACAGGAAUCUGAGGAGAGGAGGAAGGAGCAGGAGCAGCAGAUGAUUGUACAGCAGAUGAGGUCAGAGCAGCUGGAGAAGGAUGGCAAAAGCCGUUUGCUGAGUGUAGGUUCCAGUUCAGAGAGUGAGUUAGCUGUGACAGCCAGUGCUCCCCCAGCUACAGGGAGGCGACCCAAGUCUGUCCCUGUACAGCUCAAGAGAGGAGAGACUGGGUCAGCCAGGUUGCGCCUUCCCCCCAGGGACAUAAAGUCCAGCCCUGCCCUGUUCUCUCUGGACAGAGUGAUGCAGAGGUUCAGGGCACGCAGUCAAAUCCUGGUGAACCACCUGGAGGACUGCGAUGAUGUCAUCCACCAGACGUUCAGUGAUGACAGUCCAGUACACAGUGACAAUGAAGGGGAGGACGGAACAGGGGAGGAUGACCAGCUGCAGGAGGAUGGGGAAACUACGUCUAACUUCUCUCGCCGUGGAACAUACAAACUGAAGAAGGCACCAUUUUUACCCAGUCUUGAUGAGAAAAACAAGGAGAACCAUUCCAGUGAGAAUGUGAAUAGAAAUGUUAAGAUUGUUGUGACGUCCAGCCAGCAGAUGUCCAGAAGUCACUCUGACGUAGACCGUCUUGCCCUCAGACGAGUCAGUGCAGAGAAGCUACGGGGCAGCACAGACAUACAGAGAAAACAGCUCAAACAGGCACAGUUACAGGUGCUAGAUGCCAACCAGAAGAUCCGUGACCUCGCCAUCAAUAUCAGGAUGAAAGAGCAGUUGAUCAGAGAGCUGGUAAAAACAGGUCAGGAGGCUGAGCUCAUGAAUAAACAGUAUGUCAGGAAGAUACGGGAGAUUGAGAAGGAGAAAGAAAAUGCCAAGAUGGAGUUGAAUGAAACGAACAGAGCUCUUCAGGAUUUGGAGGGAAAAGAGGUGCAAGAAGAGUCCGAGAAGAAGAAAUUACAAAUGCAGUACAAACAGAAAAUUGAAGCUGCUAAACUUAAGAUGAACUCAAUUACCAAGAAACAGAGGGAAACAGAGAAAGUGGCAAACUUCGCUUCUCAGAAUAAGAAAAAAAUCCAAGAGCUUGAGGUACAUGUUGAAAGAAUGAAGCAGCAACAAGAUUCCAUGCAGAGAAAGUUGAAAGAAGAAACAGAGAGGAAAACAAAGCUUGAGCGGGACAUGCAGAAAGAACAGCAGAGAGUGAAGGAAUUAGAACUGAAGAAUGAACAGCAGCAGAAGAUGUUAAAGAGGAAGAAUGCAGAGAUAGCUGCAGCUCAGAGGAAACUCAGAGGAAGCUCUCUGCCUCCAAUUCAUGGGGAAGAGUAUGAUAAACUAGAAGAACAGAAAAUGUGGCUGGACACUGAAAUUGAGAAAGUUAUACAACAACGGCAGCAAAUGGAGAAUCUGAAUGAGGAGUUGAGAAAGAGAGAGGAAAUUGUUGCUAAGAAAGAGGCAAUGCUGGCAGAGAAGAGCGAAUUAGAAAUUAAAAAGCUGAGAUCUAGUCAGAUGAUCACCAAGGAUCUUCUAACAGUUUCCACCAAGUUAGACUCGGUUGAGAAAAGAAUAGCUGAAAAAAGCAAGGAGUUAUCAGUGACCCCUGAGGAACGCCAGCAGCAGGUUAGAGAGGAGAUUCAGAAACUGAGACAGGGUCGGGAUAAGCUCACGAGGCAGAGAUCAGGUCUGGAUGAGAAACUACAUGAGGGGUCCAUACUGUCAGCCCAAGAGGAGAGGAGGUUAAUAGAACUCGAUGAGGCCAUAGAAACACUAGAUGCUGCCAUUGAGUUCAAGACAGAAGCUAUUAACACACGCAAAUUGGAGCUGAGGAAGUCACAGGUGUUAACACAGAACGAGGACAAUUUGAUCAACCGACUGAACUCAUUGAGUAACACGGAAACCAAAGCUCUGCUGUCAAAGUACUUUGAAAAGGUGAUCAAUCUGAAGGAAGCAGAACACAAGAGAAGUCUGGAGACCAGUGAGAUGGAGUGUAAGUUAGAUGAGCAAGAGAGGUUGAUCCGGGAACUGGAAAGUGUGUUACAACGCUCGGCCAUGGAGAUGGACAGAAGGCUAACACAACAGCAGCGAGACUACGAGGUCAAAAUACAGCUACUGGUGCAGCAGUUAAAUCAGGGAGGAGGGCCUCGGGACUCAGUGGAUGAAGGGAGGGUGCAACAAUUAGAGAAAGAGCUGUACUAUUAUAAGAAAACAAGUCGUGAUUUACGGAGAAAGGUGAAGGAUCUGAUAGCGUCGGGAGUCAUCCCUAACCCUGAUGAUCUGGACUUGCAGGGUUCUGUACAGUCUGUAUCUGGAGGGGACGGCCCAGCGCUGUCCAGUAGGAAGGGAGGUCACUCUCAUGGUGACAGCAGUUCCAGUCUAAACCUGCGUCAGGUGCGCCCCCCAAGUGCUAAGCACGGUGAUCAUGUGUCCCACCCUGCCACGCCACUCUCCGCGGGCAGGGACGUGCUAUCCCACAGUGCCACUCAGGUGAAGGUGCCACGUAGAGACCUGAGACUGAUGUCUUCGGAGGAGAUAUCCAUGCGCAGAUCUAACAGACAGAGUGGAGGGUCAAUUACACCACGAGAUUCUUUAGAGAAUGGCACUCCUUGACAGUGUGAGCAGCCUGACCAUGACAGUGUGCAAAUCUCUGAACAUUGUCUGCUGAGGAUGACAGUCAAGACCUCAGUGUUUACAUCAAGUCACACCAACUCCAGAAAGUGCUGCGAACAUUUCAGUCUGUAACUUGUACAUGGAGUUUGUCAUACACAGCUUGUUUAAGCAGUUUUAAGUUGUGGCUACUGUGUUAAUCAAGUUUUGGUGCUUCAGUUUCUGUGUGCCCCAAUAGAGGCUCCAUGAGGUUUACGAAUGAGAGUGAUCAGUAACGCACCUUACACUCACAAUACACAUACAUGUUAGCAUUGAGCAGGUUUUACAGUAAGUUUGGUUUACAGCCCUCACAGUAGUUUUCGUGUGAAUUUGACGCUAUUGGGUACAAAAGGCAGCUCUGGAUAACAGAAAGCAGAUCUCUGCUACAUGAAUAUACAUUAUGCAUCAACCACAGUAUGCGUAGAAUGGUACUUGACUUGGGACGUGUUCAUGAUGGACGAACAUUUUUGUUAUGUUGGUUUGAAUGAUAAAUCUGUCCAGCAGGCGAAACUUUAUGGCCUAUCAAUGUGCCCCCACCGCCACCCCUUCCAUCAACAUAUGACAAGUGACACUGUAACCGAAUAUUUACGUAGUCCUCAUAGUUACGAUGUACAGUAAUAACGUAACAAUACCUCGUAUAACUUCUCAUACAUAUCAGAACCAUCAAAGGGAAGCUGAUACAUGUACUUUAGAUGCUGAAUGAUGCACCUGUUGUCAAAACCAAAGGUUGAUAAACAAUUCCUCUUUACUGCAUGAUACCAUGCACAUUCCUGUGGAAAAUGGCUGCCGUAUUUGUAAUUGAAUUCCAAUGUCGCAUUCCCUCCGGUACAAAGCCAUGACCAUGUUCACCAUUGCCUUAGAUGUUUUAUCCAGUGAACAUGUUUUUGGGUUGUAAAUAUUUCAGAAAUCUGAAAUAGAUAUCAUUGUGUAAAUAUUUUGAAUUUGCAUAUUUGUAUUAAAGAGUGUUCAUAUUGUUUAUUCCCUCCAUUCAUUAUGCUCUACAGUUACAUGUAUUAUGUUUUGUGUAGAAAUUUUGUAACCUCCGUCCAGAAGUUCUAUUUAUUGUUUAUCUAUAAUAAUGUACUUUCUUCAAAAAACAGCUGUGAUUUGUCGUCCAACGUUAAUUUUCCUUGUAGUGUUUUGGGUCUGACUCCGUCCCACAAUAACGUAACCAACCGGUCACUUGUGCAGGCCAGGUACCAACCUCCUGGAGACAUUUGACAUGGUGCCCCCAACUGCAUAGCGAUGUUAAUUUCAUAAUAUCCAUUUCAACAUCUACUAUUCAAAACAAGUCAUUACGCAAUGCAUACACAUUUUCAUUAGUAUGAGCAUUAUUACAUUAUUGGUGAUCAUUCCAUUACUACUUGCAGUAGCAUAAUUGGUAAACUCCAGUUUUUCAGGUCAGCUUUUAUCUUUCAUGAUCAGCAUUUCAUGACAUUGAGAAUCUUAGUACGUGGCAGAAGGGUUAAUAUAAUGUAGAGAAGUACUAACUAUCUUACUUUUCAAUUUCAGAGAUGUCCUUUACAAAAGCUUGCAUACACUUUUAUAAUCUUUAGCUUUUUUUUCUCUCAAUAUAAAUUUUCUUCGUUUUACUUAGGGAUAUUAUUUACACCUGGCUUGAAAAUGUAAUUCCAGUCAACUUAUUGGCGAUUUCAUGAUUUUACUUGUGGGACCAAUAAUUAGCAGAUGUGUUGGUUAUUAUUUCCUUCUAUUGCUCAUCCUUUGGGAAACUUCAUACUACUGUUUAUCUAAUGCUUUCACAAAAGUUGUAUACCAAAUGUUUCACAGGACAGAAUUGUCAGAAAUAAGUUUCCCGUGUUAUUACAUGUACAUUUGUUUCUGUUUGACAAGUUAGAAAUUUAAACUUAGUACACUGAUAGUAAAUUGGAGUGGAUCCAAAAGACUUUAGUACAGCCCUGUGUAAAAUGACACUACCAAGGCUAGUCAUUUACUGCAAGCACAGAUGUGAAUUUGACCAGAUUUGUUAUGUGUUGCAUCCUAAAUAUCAUUUAGAAUAUUGUUCAUAUCAAAUAUAUUUCAUGAUUUCAGUUUUACCCUAUUUCUUCUAAAAUUUGGGACACCUGGUCUGCUCAUUUUAGCCAAUAUAUGUGUAAUUCUAGCAGGAAUAUUGAGUUUUUUUUCUCUCACAUGGUUAGACCAUCUAAUGAACCACAUACCCAUAUCUUUACUUUAAAGGCUGGUGAAGAAAUGUAAUAUUCAACUUUCAACAGUAUUGGUAUCUGUCCCAAAUUAGGGUACUGUCAUUUUUCUCAUUUAUAUCGAGUAUGCAAUGGUCACAUCUGUGCACA